CCUUGCGCUCGCACCUGGACGUUGGCGUCCUCCUCUGACACUCCCCUUUUUGCGUGUUUACACAAGCAACGAACGUGCGCCAGACUAGGCGUUGUGAUCGUCGAGUAGCGUCUAGGCGAAGGAACGUGCAAUUUCAGUUCCAGUGACGACGCUCGCUGACAUCGUCACGCGUAUCGAUUGUUAUUUCUACGUUUCUUGAAUGCUUAUUAACAGAAGUCUCAUUUUCAUUCGCCGGUAUUCGCACGUGACUUGUUUUAGUGUCAUAGAAAUUUGUGCAAGCUCAGAACAGUAUUCGCGUACCGGUACGCCUACCGAUUUUCUAUUUUUAUACUCUGAGGGUAUAUCGAAAUCUGCUUUACCCCAUUCGAGUCUCUUGGUGAGACAUGAUAUUAGUGACCCCUGAUAACAACAAUCGUUGGGUCUACACCAUGCAUGGUUUGGAGAAGCCAAUGGAUCACAUCUCUGCUGGAGGUGUGAUGGCGGGUUCGGUGGCAACUCUUGCGGUCCUCUGGAUCUCGCUGCAGACAAUGGGAUUCCUGGGGCAGACUGGCUCGAUCACUGCUUCCAAAAUACCCAUCUCGAUUCAGACUUACCUGGCAACGUAUACAGGCCUUUUCGCAGGGCUACCUUCUACGGACUAUCGGCACGAGCUCGUCAUUGACACCGCAGGCUUUAACAAGAGAAGAUUACCUCAUAUCCAUGAGAAGGCUCUGAACGCUUCGGUUAACUUUGCUCAGACACUUGUCAACCGGAUGUCCAGACUGGAGGCAAAUAUUGCUAACGCGGGAAUUGGAUUUAGCGAAAAAAGUCCCAGUUACGGGCAGUAUGUUCAUUCGUAUCCGUCAGAUGACGCCUUGGAAUAUGGAACUGAUGCUGUAAUCGCUAUGACGGCUUCGAGCUAUUUGGCGCAGCAUCACUGUCAAAGAUUUGGCAUUAGCAAUGACGAGUGUGCGCGACUUGUGUCGACCCUCAAACUUCAUGGAACUCCUUUGGGCCCUUCCUGUUUGGCUGAUCAAUUCGCGGACUGUAAUGCCGAUGCCAAGUACAGGAGCAUCGAUGGAAGCUGUAAUAAUUUAGAGAAUCCAAGACUGGGCAGCGCUCUGACCGCGUACACCAGAGUUCUCUUUCCCCAAUAUUCCGAUGGCAUUAAAGAGCUGAGGCGUGCAGAGCGAAAGAGAAAAUUACUACCAAGUGGCAGAGCUGUCAGUCUUAGCCUCUCCGUCGCUCACGACGUAAUCGACAUUUCCAAGACACUGGCCGUCAUGCAGUGGAGUGAAUUUAUUGCUCACGACCUGGCACAUACACCAAUGCGUAAGAUGCUUUCAAACAGAGAACCUAUCUCUUGUUGUCAUGAGAACGGUGGUAUGUUAUCUCCAAGACACAUCCAUCCUGAUUGUGCACCCAUUUCAAUUGCUGAAGAUGAUCCCGUUUAUGGAAAGCAUUCCGUGCGAUGCAUGAACUAUGUUAGAUCAAUGCCUAUCAUCAGGCCAGAUUGUACCUUCGGUCCGGCUGAGCAAAUAAAUCAAGUCUCUCACUUCCUGGACGGUUCCACCGUCUAUGGCUCUACGUUGAAGAAGUCUCGCGAAUUGCGCAGCUUCCAAGGCGGACGUCUGCGUGUCGAUAUUCGUAACGGAAAUACAUAUUUACCUACUGCAGAUUCCGAACCGAGCUCCCUUUGCCAUUCCAAGGAAGGAUGUUAUAUGGCUGGGGAUGCUCGUGUUAACGCUCAACCACAGCUGGCUGUGAUGCACACAAUUUGGCACCGCGAGCAUAAUCGUGUUGCUAGAAAAUUGGCACAAAUAAAUCCACUAUGGAACGAUGAGAUUCUGUAUCAGGAAGCUAGACGCAUUGUGGUUGCUGAGAUUCAGCACAUCACGUAUAGGGAAUGGUUGCCGGUACUGCUUGGCAGAAGCUACGCUCGUAAUGCAGGGCUUAGUACGGGUAAAAGUUACAGUCGCAAUUACAAUUCCUAUGAUGAUCCUGCAGUGAGCAAUGAAGUUGCGACUGCAGCGUUGCGAUUCUUCAAUUCCUUGAAGCAAGGCAAACUCAGUAUGCCUGAUGAAACUCGUCAAUUCAAUAACUCUCUUCAAUUAUCUGAUUACUUCUAUAAUCCACGUAUUAUCGAAUCUGACGAUGUGUUCGAUGGUCUUCUUCGUGGUCUUGCCACUCAAACUUGUCAAAAGAUGGAUACGAAUCUCAUAUCUGAUAUAACUUAUAAAUUAUAUAAGACUGAUGGGGAAUGGGGUCUGGAUACUAUUAGUUUGGAUAUUCAACGUGGUCGUGAUCAUGGUCUGCCUGGUUACAAUCAUUACCGUAAAUAUUGUGGUCUUCCAGAGGCUAAAACUUUUGAUGAUUUCCUGGAUUACAUUCCACUAGAGAUGGUAAGGAAACUCCGUACGCUAUACAAUCAUCCCAACGACAUUGAUCUUGUUAUUGGCGGAAUGGCUGAAAGAUCAGAGGAUGAUGGUAUUUUGGGACCAACUCUACAAUGUCUCCUGACCGAACAGUUCGUUCGAACUCGUCGCAGCGAUAGAUUCUUCUAUGACUCCGUAACUCAGCCGCACCCAUUCACACCAGAACAAUUGGCAGAGUUACGCAACGUCACUCUGGCGAGGUUAUUCUGUGAUAACGGUGAUAAUAUUGCCCGAAUGCAACCAAACGCUUUCAUGAAGCCCCAGCUCGGAAACGAGUUGACGUCAUGUCAUAAUGUUGAAGCAAUACCGAGUGUAGAUCUAUUUGCAUGGGCUGAGAAGGCCAAGGCGUAUCGUUGAAUGUCACGUUAAUUGACUGGUCACAUUACCGAAACGAAAAGCCCGGAGCUUGCAGUUCGGCUUCGAGAUAGAAGAAAUCGAAGUGGAAAAAGUGGAACGGUUACCCGGGUAGAGGUACAAGUAAUGCCGGAUGGAUUAUUGAAUUAAGGGAUAGAAGGCAACGCUAAUGCGUUGUGAGUCACAGUAACCGGUGUAACCGCGAAGUUAAGAUGGGCGUGAGAUGAAAAUGUUUGUUUACCUAUAUUUAUAUAGGCUCAUGUGGUUGUUUAGCGUGCACGCAAUUGAUGCGCUCAGUGAUGAAUUGAAUUAACGGUGACGGCAGGUGACUAGUCGAUUAUCAACACGAUGACGAUGUUCCGCGUUUCGGCCUGCAAAGGUAAUUUUACAGUAAGGAGAUUCGUCUAUUGUCUUUAGAAGUUACUUCAGGAUGCCCUUAAGGUUUUAAUCCAAACUCUCGUAGGCGAAUCUAACAACGUAUCUUGUAAGUGUGUGCAUCUGAGAGUAUGAAAUACGGACAUAAGAUAUAACAUUCCAAGUUGUCGAUAGAGAUACCCAAGAAGAUAAUUCUAACUGCAAACAAAGUUCGUUUCGAGCUACACCUUAACUUGGAACCAUUCGAUCUGAAUCAUCGAGGAGACCAGAUGUGAAUAAGUAUUAAAUUAUACUUUUUUUUGUCGUCUAAGAUAUCUCGCGUGACGUUAUUAUUUAAGACCGCUUAGAUUUUACCGGGCGAUGAGAAAACACUUGUGGCACAUUUUGAAAUUAAUAUCCAAGCAGCACGCAUGGCGGCAAUUCGUGUACGGCUUGCCAUGCGAUAAAUAAUACGUUACAAUACCAUGACGACUCACUAUGCAAUAACUGGUAAUACAUUGUUGUUAUUAUUAUUAUAGCUCGCGUGUUUUUAAUCUUCAGUUUAAUAAAAUACAGUAUAGUUCCUCGAGUUUGAUGAAACGAUAAUUCGUCAUCAUAUCGCAAAUAAUAUUGUUGAUAUAUUUUUUUUUUUUAAUAAAACAACAGAAACAUUCUCAGUGUAAAAUGGAUGUUAAAUCAUGCGAACAAAUGUCGACUCGAAUUAAUUAUAUUUAUUGAAGAGGAAAAAAACAAAUUUGUUCCUCAAUCUUUGUACGUCCGUGGCGGAGAAUAAGUUGUAAUUCUAAAAACAUGUUUGCACGUUAAGCGUUUCAUACCUGUCUACAGUGUCCAAAAUAUGUACAUGCGUAUGUACGUGGGAAUGUGAUUGUGACUGAUUAACUAUAGAUAGAUUACAAAGCAUUUUGUACGUAAUAUUAGUACUUAAGUUGUAUAACACGAUCAUCCUGUCUUGUUAGAUCUGUUUAAACGACUUACGCAUUUAUCGAUUAAAAAUUAUUUUACUCUGAA